UCUAUCUAUUUACCAAAAUAUGUCAAAUGACCUUGCCAGUUUGUAAACAAUACCUUGAAAGAACACAAAACAUAAUUUUCCUUGUGGUUUAAAUCUUAGCCUUUUAUCUCAAUUUCGUAUUUUAUUUUGGUUUUUUAAGUUGUAAAACGAGAUUCAAAAAGGUAAAAAAUGAAUAUCGAUUUCGAAGAAAUGGCUGUAUUGGAAGAGGAAUCCCAAAAUGAGUCCCUCGGAGGCGGGGUGUUUGGGUCUGUGGGGGCGGGGCCGGAGGGGGGAGAGCGUCGCGAGGGGGGGAAACGUGGACGCCGUCCUGGCAGAAAAGCGCAGCUUGACAAACAAGAUAUGAAGGCCAAGCUAGAGCGCAGUCGCCAGUCGGCGCGCGAGUGCCGCGCACGCAAGAAGCUCCGCUACCAGUACCUGGAGGAGCUCGUCGCGGACCGGGAGCGCUCUGUCAUUGCCUUGAGGAAGGAACUGGACAAGUAUUAUAAAUGGAAUCUGGAGUUAGACCAGGGUCGUAUACCAGAGGGGCUGGACGCCAUGCUGCAGGAGUUGGGAAUGGUGAAACAGGAAGAUGCGAAACCUUUUUAAAAUAGCUUUUUUUUUUCAUGUCACUUAGCAUAUGUUGAUGUCUUGUAAAAAAUAUAUUUCCGUAACAUUGCCAUGGUAUUUGAUGAUUUCUUUUUCGUUUCACAAUACUUUGUUAAAAUGUACGUAUCCUAUAUGUAUGUAUAUGUAUGUAUCCUAUACGUUUAAGUUUUUUUUUUGAAACAUUCAAUGUUUUAAUUAAAACCUUAGUUCAUUCAUACAUUGAUGAUUAAAACAAUAUGUUUCCGUAGUAUUGCCAUGGUAAUAUUUUAAAUAUUUUAGAUUUUUGCAAUUUUAUAUUUCAUUUGACAAAACUUUGUUUUUUUUUUUGCCCAAUUCAAAAACCCCAUUUAUUUUAGAUAAAUCUUUUUUUGUAACCCAUUAAUAUUAGUUUUUUAAUAGUAAGAUCAUUUUUGAAGUUUUAAAUAUGCGUGUUAAAUUUUAAUAGAUGUUUGUAAUUUAUAUAGAAAUUCCUACUUAAUAAUAGAUUUGAUAUAUCCUAAAUUUUGAACAACCCACUUUAUUAUAAUUUAAUGAUUUUAUAUUUUUUUGCAAAUAUUCUGUAUAUUUUUGGAAAAAUCAUAUUAUGGUUACUUUACAAUUUCUGUUUUGGUUAAUAUUUGUCAGAUGUGUACGCUAGUUUUUAGUUUUAAGGAUGUAAAUGUCAUUUAAUUAUCCAUAUAUCUAUGUUUUGUGUUUUGUUUUUUCUUAUCGAUAUAAGUAUCAUGUUAUGUUUUGAGAAAAAAGAGCUUUUUGUUAAGUUAUAUACACAUAAGGUAUAAGAUGCCAUUUGUUUUAAGUUUAAGAAUAAAAUUAGGAGCAGUUCUUAUACUUUAAAAAACCACACGAUACUUUACAUGUUUGACUUUUACCUAUUUUCUAAUAUUCGUAUAGUAAGUAGUUCUCAAAUACAGGUAACAAAAAACUAUUUUUUUAAUUAUCCUCAAAGAGGGUCUAAAAUAUUUUUUUAAUAUUAUUUUUAUAUUCGUAACAAUAUCAUUAGUUUAAGAUUUUUUUUAUAUUAACAGCGUAUCUAAUAAUUGAUGUUAUCGCAUUUCAAAAAUAUAUUUACGUAAACGUAAAAUAUGUUAACUUAAAAUUUGAUAAAUUUUACUUUCAGGCCUAUUAAAAUUCGAUUUUAUCAAUGACUGAAGUAACAGCAAAACUCGCCCUAAAAUUACUUCUGUGACUGUAAAAAUGAAUAAAUUGGUUGUUUAUUUCCACAUGAUAUUUUGCAUUCACGUACGUUUUUAGUACAAACUUAUACAGACGUGACUUUUUAAACAUCAUUAAGUGAUUUAUGAUUAUUGUGUUUGAGUAAUGCGCUAAUUCAUAUUACAACGAUUAUAGUAAAUUAUAUUAUAACCUUGAUUCCAACAAUAAACUUACCACACAUCUAAUCGUGUCCCUCAAGUAUCGCACUAAUCGUGUCCCUCAAGUAUCGCAGUCUUCUCGUCUCUGGUCUACAAAAAAUACCACAAAAAGAUCGUAUUUUUAUGAUGUCAUUUUUUAUUUCACCAUCAAAUAUUUUAUAAGUUUUGCGAUAUUAAAAUAAAACUGAAGAUUUUACUGGUGUUUACAAAUUCACCUGUAUAUGUACUAAAAACUUCGCAAAUAUGUAGAACUACCUAUAUGUAAAUCUACACUAAAUUACUUAUAUUUUAUAGCAUUAUAAUACUAAGCUAAGGUUAAGGUUGACAAAUAUUUAUAACAACUAUAUGACGUAAAACACUAGUUGUAUAUAGUAAAUAAGCAUAAAAACUAAUUUAACUAUUACAAUUUGUUUGUCAUGCGCACUUCGACAUUCAUAAAAAGUUUAAUAGUAUUUUAAGCUUAUUUGAGUUAAAUACUUCAGGAUAAAAUAUGUUAAAAGUGUUGAUUAGCGAAAUAAUUAUAUUUAGUGUCGAUUUAAUAAAAAUCUACAUAUUAUCAUAACAUUCUAAAAAUGGACAAGAGAAACCACAGUUGAAAAAAUUUUGAGCUCUGUGUUUUAGAACACAAAGUUGAUAUUUAUUUGUAAUGAUCACGCAACAUUAGACUCUUAAUUUCAAUGGUGUGUGCUGUAUUAGGUUUACAACGUACUCAUAGGUACUAACACAUUGGCACAUCCAUGUUACAUGAAUAUAAAUACCGAAAUAUAAGUAAGAUUUUGUAUUAAAUGAUAUCCAUAUGAAGCCAGCAAAGCAAACAAAUUGUAAUUAUAUAGCAUAUUUUGUUGUAAACCAUAAUAUAUAGUGUUAUGUUUAAUUUGUCACUAGAUGGCAUACUCGUCAACGAAGUGAUAUUUUAGCUUGUUCUUUUAUUUCCGCUUAUUAUGUAUUGCGAUUAUAAAAAACUUAAUCCUAUCAUUUGUAUUCAUAAUAGAUGAUUUUCUGAGACAUAUUAAAUUAAACAACUGGGUGCUUAAAAAUAAUAAUUUUGGGUGUAUGUUUGUGAUAUAAUUUCUUUUCUUAUUAAAGUUUUUUUUAUAUUGUUUGCACUUCCUACGUUCAAUUAUUAGUUAUAGCUUGAGGUUUAAGUUUUCAAAUCAUUUUAGAUUAAUUUGCUGAUUUCAAAUUUAUUUAGUUAGGUCAUAGUGUAGAUAUUGCUAUUCCUGUCGGCAUUCCGCCUCGUUCAUUUAUUGUUUUAUUGUUUGUGUUGAUAAAUGUUUUAUGUGUGAAUUUUUCGAAAUAUUUUUUUCUUUGUACGAAUAAUUUUUAUCAGUAAAUUUCGUUGUAUAAAAAUAAUUCAUUUUAUUGCUGAGAAAAUGUAUUUUCUCUCGUCACACUAUCUUCAUAUUGCAUUUUAUUGUAAUGACAACUUAAAGCAAUAAAGUACAAUAUAAAGGAUAAAAACUAAAUACUAACACAACCAACUAAAAUCCACCUCAAAUAAAUAUAAGGAUUAUGUUCAAAUAUUUAUUUGGAAUAACUGUUUUCUGAAUUUAUAAAGCGGGUAAAGACUUAUGACGUCAAUGGCUGCGAAUGCGAAAAAGGAUGAUUUCGCUCACAACCUCUCGCUCUGUUUCGCGCCAUAAGCCUGUUUGUCAUUUUAAACAAAACACGCAAUUUAAUCACAUAUAUAAUGAAGUAAUAAUAUUAUUAUAUCAAGUUACACUGACCAACAACAGUUAACAAAUGAAAAUGGAUAUAUAAAAAUCAGUCCAAAUAAACAUUUGGAUAUAAUAAUCAUUUUUGAACCUUUUGCGAUGAUACUACAUUUUGUUGAUAAAUCAUACCUAUUUUAUCUAAUUUUAUAGUAAAAAAGUUUGCGAAAUAAGCAUUAAAAAUGUUAUAUAUUUUUUAAUGUUAUAUAUUAUUUCAAAAUACCUACCUAAAAUUAUAUCUCUUAGGUAACUCUUGCUUAAGUAAGGCAUGUUGAAGAGGCAGUCAAUACACUAAAUUAAAUCAACCAAAUGUAGUCUCAGCAUUGGGUACUAGGUAUUAAGUGAUUUAUGUAUCAUAUAAGAUUUUAUAAAAUAUAUGUAACUACAAAAAGGCGCUAAAUAAUUAUGAACAUUUUUAUAGGCAUAGUAUAUUCUUAGGGUAUAAAAUAUAAAAAUUAUCUUAUAUUAUCCGUUUGCGUGGAUACUGCGAUUUGUCGAUUUAUCCAAGAUUUUGUUAUUAUCUUUUGUAAUGAAAAAAAUCUAACGAGAACUGACAGUGCCUGCAAUUUUUUAAUAAAAAAAUAAUUUCUUUUCUUUGCUUUUAAAUAAAUAAAAUAUUAGAUUGUCAAUGUAUCAGAUAAAAUAAUAGAUUUUUAAAUUAACAGAUUAACCGUAUAAGUACAAGUUUUUUUUUUAUAUAAUUGAUAUUAAAUUGAAAGAUAUUGAUAUGAUAUUAAAUUCUGAUAAAAAAAUAUAUAAAUUUUUAUAUUAUGACAGACCAAAAAAAAUGUUAAGCUAAUUUAUGUGGUCCAUACAUAUUUGUAAUUCUAAUUUGGAUUUAAAUAUUGGCAAAUCUACAAAAUGUAAUAUAUAAUUAUUAAGUAAUUUAUGAUCAUAACAAAAAAUAAUACAGUUAUUAAAGUAAAUAUAAUAUAAUUUUAUAGUAAACGAGUGAAAUGGAUCAACAGUAAUCAUAGUAUGUACAUAUAAAAUAUUAGUCGAUAUUUUUAAAUAAAUAUCAUAAGGUAGUAUGUAGGAAAAUUCUAUAAUUAUAUUUUGAAAGCAAAAACAAAAAAAAUGAGGCACAAAGUACCUCAAAAAAAAAACUAAACCAUUAUAAUUUAAAAAAAUAUUUGUCGAUCUAGUUUACAAUUUUGUUUUAUGAAUAUUAACAUUAUUGAAUAUUAUGAUUUUAUAAAUACAAUGUUCAAUGAUUCGUUCGGGGCUUCGUUCGUUCCCUUGGGAAUUUCGAGAUAAAAAGUAGCCUAUGUAUUAUUCCAGGUUAUAUUCAAUCCGUGUAUCAAAUUUCAUAACAAUCGGUCUAGUAGAUUUUGCGUGUAAGAGUAACAUCCUCACAAACUUUCGCAUUUAUAAUAUCAGUAGGAUUAUCCCUCCUUUUUUCGUAUACAUAUUAUUAUCGCCAAAACUGAACGAAGUUUCGUGAACAACAUAACAUUAAUAUUAUUAUUUUUACUAUUUCUAAGACCAGAAUACUAUUAUUUAUAUAUCUUGUGAAUAUGAUUAAGUUGACUGAAAAAUAUUUGUGGAAGUAUAUGGACUACGUUUGAAUUUGUUUAAAGUUAUGAAUCAUUUGAUUUUGAAAAGAGUUUCUAUGAACUAUAAAUAUGUCGUUAAUGUAACGCUAGCCUAUACUAUUAUUAUAAGAGGUAAGCGUUUGUGAGUUUGUAUGUUUGAGACGGGUAAUCUCCGAAACUACCGAGCCGAUUUAAAAAAUUCUUUCACCAUUUAGAUAGGUCCAUUAUCCAACAUUGGCUAUAAGCUAUAUUGUAUCUCAAAAUUCCUACGGGAGCGAAGCCCCGGGCAACAUCUAAUAAAUUAUAGUAUUAUGUAUAUAUAUUUUUCUGAAGAAAUAUUUAGCACAUAUUAUAAUAAAAAUAGUAAUCAUAUUUAAUUUCUAGAUUACCCAGCAGUUGGUUGAAGUUGGCUUAAAAUAAUGAUGAUAAUUCCUUGAUUAUAAAACAUUAUGUAGUAAUAAACAGUUAGUUGGGCGCCAUUAUUAUAGUUUCAAUAAAAGGCAUUGUGAAGUUAUUGAUCCCAGUGAUAGUUAAGGAUAUUUCAAACUAAAUGUUUGAAUAGGAUAGGAAAUGUAUAAUAAGGUAGAUAUAUAUGAGUUUAGUAUAAUUGCAUAGUAUUAAAGUAACGUGCGUGCGUCUGCCUGCAUCAGCCUAAAAUAUGUUUAGGUACUUAAGCUUAAGAAAUUAUUACUAUAUUAAUAUAAGGUCCAUGUAUUGAAUUUAAAAUUUGACUUUUUCACAUUUUUACUGUACUUAAUUAUGUUUUUUAAAAAUUGAUUCUUAGUUUUUAAAUAACCACCAUAUUAAUUUCAAUAAUAGUAACUUCGUGUUUAAGCAAAUAAAAUCUUUAUCCAUACGGUUAAAACAAAAAAUGAAUGUCAUUUAGUCCGUUUCUUACCGCCGCUCAUUACUCCUGCUGUUAGAAAACGAAUGUCACUAUUAUUUCAUUAAAUCACUAUUUAUUCAAAUCAAAAAUUCGUUAUUUUCUCUACAAUCUUAACAUGGUAUAAUCUAGAUAUGUUACACAUAUAUAUAUAUAUAUAUAUAUAUAAGUAAGGCCUAGAUCCUACUAAAAUACGCAUUGUUACCAAUAGGUAUAUUUAUAAACAAUUUUUGAAGAUACCUAGUUACUAUACUUCAUUUAUUUUAUAAAUUUUAUUACUUGAUUUAUAUCAGUUAUCAUUGUUUUUUUCUGUAUAAAUAUUUUAGCUAUCCUACCGUAUAAUAGAUAAGUUAAUCAAUACAGGGUGAUUUCUUAUACAUUAGCAAUAUUUACUUUCGUAUGGAAGCCACCUUGAAAUCGCGAAAAAAAAACCACCUGAUCCAUUCAUUUUCCACCAGUUAGGUAUUUAAUUUCGUAUAGAAUAGAUGAUUUUUUUUGGAUCACGAUUUCGGAGUUACUCCCUCCCAUACUAAAAGUUGUUCCGAAUCAUGGACUGAGCAUGUAGACAAAAUAUUGCCAAUAAAUAAAAAGUCACCCUGUAUACUAUGUCAGAUCACGCGACAGUCCCAUGGAAGGCGCGAAUGACAAUAAUAGCCUUAAGAUUGGUAUUGGCCACAGCCAUAUCGUGUAGUAGUUUUAGAUAAUAUUUAAGUAUAUUGAAAAUAGGGCACUUAAUAUUGUAUAUAAUAGUGCGACGAGAAUAUGCUAUGUGAAGAAUCGUAUUAGAUAUAAGAAUAAAUAGUUAUGCGCCACAAUCUGAUGGCUGUAAGUAAACUAUAAUAUUAGGUAGAUCUUUUAAUACAAGGCUACCACGGGAACGACGUACGAUUUUUUUAUGCAACAGAAUGAUUAGUAACAUACAUAUUAAAUGGUAUAUGGUGUCAUGUAAAACAAAUAAUAUAUUGUCAUUCGAAAUUAUUUCAAAAUGUACUUAAUACACUUAGAUGUAAACGUCGUUUGUAGAUUAAUUAAUUAUUAUGAAAAUAUGAUAAAUAAAAGAAGAAAACUGGAAUUUCCCCGCUUGGGACACAAGUGGUAAAACACCAGUUGUGCCCCAGCCCCAUUCAUAUUUAUUAUCGGCUCGGCUAAAAUAUAGCCUAUGUUACUCCUAAAACUUGCAACAACGAAAUCUCUGGAAAAAAUAACACCUGAUAUCAUUUUCUUUAAUAUAGGUAGAUGUAAGAUAGGUAUUUGAUUUAGGUAAUAUACUUAUGUUUUUUUUUUCAUAAAAUAUGUUUUAUUAACGACACUGAUUGCAUAAAAAAAUAUUGUAAAGUGUCCUGUAUAUUUAGUUCGAAGUAGUUUUUAGCGCGCAUUUAGGUAUUUGAGAAAAUUGCAAAAAUUUGUGGAAAUAAAUAACUAUGUGUUAAUAGGCUCUAGCAUAGGGUAAUAGAAAUUUAUGGAACACAUAAAUGGAAGUGUGCUGGGCCCAUAACCUGUAAUAAAACGAGAGGAUAGUUUUCACAGAAUAAAUUUACUUCUUGAAACCAUAAACGGACAUCAACAUUGUAAUAGAUGGCGCUAGUAAACACAUUACGUUACAAGUUUUAAUAAACUAAUAGAACUGAACGAUAAAAGUUUAUGGACAUAAUGAGUACCAAUAAUAAAAAUAUUUUUCUGUGUGCUUUUUAAAUUAGGUAUAUAUUAUUAUGUUAUAUUUCUGAAAUGCAAUAACAUCAACAUUACUUAAAUGUCGCAGCCAUCUGAUUAAAUCAGUUAUUUUUGGAAGGCCGUAGCCUUUCAAUUAAAUGGCUGCGACUAAACAUUUGGUAGGCUUUACAAGGUAAUCUAAUUAUUUAAGCUGUAUUUUUAAGUUACAUUUGAUGUUUUGUUUGUCUGUUUUUUUUAAAUAACGGUUUUGAUGAUGACUCUUAUUAGUUUUAUGUUAUAACUUUUACAAUUACAUUUUAUUUAGAAGUUACAUGUAUAUCAUGUGUCUUUAUUUUUGUUUUGUUUUAAUUUUUUUUUAGUACUUUUGUUUAUUGAUACAAAUUUAUAUCAUAAGCAUUGGUGUCCGAGUUAUAAAACUAGGUGUUUCGUAACCAUAUAAAUAUAAAACCAUCUGUAUUUA